UCGGUAGGAGUCAGGGCCGAGCUUCGGGCACCCUCGGCACCCCAGCUCAUGGACUUCACGGUGGGGCCAGGCUUACACUGCCCCGGGGACCGUGAGUCACCAAGAGAACCGGAGCCUGGGGUUCCGGCUUGAUUUAAGGCUUGGUCCUAGAGUGACCUGGGACGAACCCCAGUGCCCACCUCCUCUUCCUAAGCUACAGACUCCCGUGUGCCCGGUGCAUACCUAGGCGCCGGGGAUACAAUCAGCAAGACAGACAAGGGUCUUGUGCUCGUGCAACUUACAGUCUAGAGGAAGGAGACAGUCAACAAGUAAAUGCAUAAAGCAAGUAAAGACGUGGCAAUGAGUAACAAGGAAAGAGAUUAUUUCAGGGAAGGUUUCUAAAUAGAGUGAUGUUGACCCGAGACCAGCAAAGUGAUGGACGACAGAGAAACUGAGGCAGCAAGUCUCUUAAUGGCCUGGAGCUUUCCUAGUGGACUAUGCUGACUGACUAAGGAAGCUUUCACCUUCUGCUCUCUCAAUGCUGAGGUUACAAGCAUAUACCAUCACAUCCCACUGUUUGUAUGUGGUUCUGGGAAAUGAACUCAGAUUCUCAUGCUUGUGCAUGAGACAACGCUGACUGAGCUAUCUCCAAGUCCACUUUGUGACUAUUUCAUUAUUUUAUUUUUGUUUGAGGUUGAACCCAGGGACUCGUAUGUGGAGGGUCACACAGCACAAUGUCAGCUUUGCCCCUGGACCAACUCCAGAUCACCCACAAAGACCUGAAGACAGGAAAGCCGAGGACUUCGCCAGCACUGCACCCUGAGCAGAAGGCAGACCGGUAUUUUGUGUUAUACAAACCGCCCCCUAAAGACAACAUCCCCGCCCUAGUGGAGGAGUACCUGGAACGCGCCACCUUCGUAGCCAAUGACCUCGACUGGCUCCUGGCCUUGCCUCACGAUAAAUUCUGGUGCCAGGUUGUUUUUGAUGAAACCCUGCAGAAGUGCCUGGACUCCUACCUACGCUAUGUACCCCGAAAGUUUGAUGAGUGGGUGGCCCCGACCCCUGAGGUUGCUGACAUGCAGAAGCACCUACACCGAAGCAUUUUCCUCACCUUCCUUCGAAUGUCCACUCACAAGGAAUCCAAAGACCACUUCAUCUCUCCAUCUGCAUUUGGAGAGAUUCUCUACAAUAACUUCCUCUUUGACAUCCCAAAGAUCCUGGACCUCUGUGUGCUCUUUGGGAAAGGAAAUUCACCACUGCUCCAGAAAAUGAUAGGAAACAUAUUUACCCAGCAGCCAAGUUAUUAUAAUGACCUGGAUGAAACCAUUCCCACCAUACUUCAGGUCUUCAGCAAUAUCCUACAGCACUGUGGCUUGCAAGGGGAUGGGACCAGCACCACACCCCAGAAACUUGGGGAGAAGGGUCGGUUGACACCCAGUGACAUGCCUCUCUUGGAAUUAAAGGACAUUGUCCUCUACCUAUGUGAUACCUGCACCACACUCUGGGCCUUUCUGGAUAUCUUCCCUUUGGCCUGCCAAACCUUCCAGAAACAUGACUUUUGUUACAGACUAGCUUCCUUUUAUGAAAUGGCAAUUCCUGAAAUGGAGUCUGCAAUUAAGAAGAGGAGGCUUGAAGACAGCAAGCUGCUAGGUGACAUGUGGCAGAGGCUCUCCCAUUCUAAGAAAAAGCUAAUGGAGGUGUUUCACACCAUCCUGAACCAGAUCUGCCUCCUUCCUAUUCUAGAGAGCAGUUGUGACAACAUUCAAGGCUUCAUUGAAGAAUUCCUUCAGAUCUUCAGCUGCUUGCUGCAGGAAAAGAGAUUCCUCCGGGACUAUGACUCAUUCUUCCCUGUAGCUGAAGACAUCAGCCUGCUACAGCAGGCUUCAUCAGCCUUGGAUGAGACCCGGACAGCCUACAUCCUGCAGGCUGUGGAAAGUGCAUGGGAAGGGGUGGACAGACAGAAAAUCAAGGACAUUAAAGACCCAUCAGGGGCCAAGGAUGCUAACAAUGGAGUCACAGUGACAGUGAAGCCAGUCAGUGAAAUGCCGUCGUCACAGCUGGAGAACUCAGAGGAAGAUGAGGAGUGCAUGGGUGCAGCAGCUGCCCUGGGCCCGACUGUGUGUGGGGUGGAACUGGACUCACUCAUCUCCCAAGUGAAAGACCUGCUGCCAGACCUUGGGGAGGGCUUCAUCCUGGCCUGCCUGGAGCACUACAGCUACGAUUCAGAGCAGGUGAUCAACAACAUCCUGGAGGAUCGUCUGGCCCCCGAACUCAGCAAGCUGGACCGCAGCCUAGAAAGACAAGUGAAGCCGGACCCUACACCCCUGCUGACAUCUCGUCACAACGUCUUCCAGAACGAUGAGUUUGAUGUGUUCAGCAGGGACUCAGUGGACCUGAGCCGAGUGCACAAAGGCAGGAGGAAAGAGGAGACCGUCAGGAGCCUGGUGAAUGACAAGCGAGCUGUGGUGGCACAGAGUCAUCGCUACCAGCAGUACAGUGUGGUAAUGGAGGAGGUCCCACUGCAGCCAGGAGAACACCAGGUUGAUGACUAUGAGGACGAGUAUGAUGACACAUAUGAUGGCAACCAGGUGGGCGCCAACGACGCGGACUCUGAUGACGAACUCAUCAGCCGCAGGCCCUUCACCAUCCCUCAGGUGCUGAGAACCAAAAUGCCUGGAGAAGGACAGGAGGAGGAGGAGGAAUAUGAAGUGGAGGAGGCUGAAGAGGAGGCCCCCAAGCUGGACCAUUUCAUCCAGGAUCCUGCAGUGCUGAGAGAAAAGGCUGAAGCCAGGCGCAUGGCCUUCCUGGCCAGGAAGGGGUACCGGCCUGAGAACUCCGCAGCAGUGACGGGCAGCCCCCGGGGUCAUGGGCAAAGCCGAGAAACUACCCAGGAGCGCAGGAAGAAAGAAGCUAAGAAGGCAACCAGAGCCAACCACAACCGUAGAACCAUGGCUGACCGGAAGAGAAGCAAAGGCAUGAUCCCAUCCUGAGGUCACAAAGCUGCCUGGGUGAAGGAGGCCCCUCAAGGCUUCCACCACACCUCACCUGCCAGCCAGCCAUGAGCGCCUUCCUAUCGAACACAAAGUGCCUUAUCCCUUGGUGCAGGAACCCAGUGCCAUCAGGCAGGCUGUCUCCCAGCUGUGCUGGCGGGAAAGGAUGGGGUUGAAAAACCAAGGUGUCCCUUAUUUUAUGCAUCAAGACACCACCUCACGGAAGUCCUGGAUGGCAGGAGACCUGUGUAUCCAGCAGCAAUGAAAGACCCGUGAAUAAAGCUUUGACCUUCCAACAA